GCACGGCCAGGCCCCCCCGGGCCGGCGCCGCCGCUCCCGGUGCCGCCGCCCUCGGUGCUUCCUGCGCGGCCUCGGGCGGGGCCUUUCCCGGGGCAAAGUCCGGCCCGGGCGGGGAUGGGGGAUGCGGGACCGGGACAGGAACCGGGACAUGAACCGGGACCGGCACCGGGAUCGGAACCGGGAUCGGGACCGGCACCGGGACCGGGGGGGUCCGGGCCCCUCCUGCGCAAUUUGCCCUUAUAUGGGCAUGGCGCGCGCCCGCCGCGCAUUCCUGCGGGGCGGGGCCGGCGGAUUCCGGAGCGCUCCCGGUGCCCCGGGACCCAACGGGCUCCUCCCGGUGCCCCGGGACCCGCCGGGAUCCUCCGGGACCCACCGGGCACCGGCAGCAUCCCCGAGGGCGGGGACCCCGCCCGCAUCCCGGCCCGGCCGGCGUCGGGUUCCACCGGGAACCGGAUCCCACCGGGAACCGGAUCCCACCGGGAAACCGGAUCGCACCGGGGAGCGAAACCCGAGCGGCGGCCCCGGAGAGGGGGGGUCUGGAGGGGUGCGGGGUCCCGGGGGUCCCCCAGGUGUUGGGUACCGGGAGAGGUCCCGGUGUGUCGGGGGUCCCGGUGGGACAAACCGGAGGUCCCGGUGCCCCGGUGGUCCCGUGGUGAGCCGGGGGGCGGUCCCGGUGGUCCCGGUGGCCCCGCACGGGCGCAGGGAGGGUCCCGGUGGUCCCGGCACUGACCCAGGAGGGGGUCACGGUGGUCCUGUGCUUAUCCGGGGGGAUCCCGGUGGACCCGGCACUGAUACAGGGAGGGUCCCGGUGGUCCCACACUGCCCUGGGCGGGGGGGACAAGUCCCGGUUGUCCCGGGUGCCCCAGGAGGGUCCCAGUGUCCCAGUGGUCCCGCGCUGCCCCGGGGGGUUCCUGGUGGUCCCUCACUGACCGGGGGUCCCGGACCGGGGGGGGGUCCCGGGGGUCCCACGCUGACCGGGGGUCCCGCAGAGUUCAAGGAGGCGUUCCAGCUGUUCGACCGCACCGGGGACGGGAAGAUCCUGUUCAGCCAGUGCGGGGACGUGAUGCGCGCGCUGGGCCAGAACCCCACCAACGCCGAGGUCAUGAAGGUGCUGGGCAACCCCAAGAGCGAUGAGAUGAACGUGAAGACGCUGAGCUUCGAGCAGUUCCUGCCCAUGAUGCAAACCAUCGCCAAGAACAAGGACCAGGGCUGCUUCGAGGACUACGUGGAGGGGCUGCGCGUGUUCGACAAGGAGGGCAACGGCACCGUCAUGGGCGCCGAGAUCCGCCACGUGCUCGUCACCCUGGGUGAGAAGAUGACCGAGGAGGAGGUGGAGCAGCUGGUGGCCGGCCACGAGGACAGCAACGGCUGCAUCAACUACGAAGAGCUGGUCCGGAUGGUGCUGAGCGGAUGAAGACCCCUCCCCAUCAUUGUGCCCCCCUCCCCUCAUUUUCUACCCCCUCCUCACUCGAUUUUGUGCCUUUUCCCUCAUUUUUCUGUCGCCGCCACCUCCCCAAAGCCCCCCCCGAGCCCCCCCCUCAGCCCCACCGGCUAAAUUAUUGAAUUAUUGCUCCACAGCAUCAAAUAAAGGCUCAGAAUGGGCGCUGUGCCCCCC